CAAACGAAAACGAGUGUGCUCUCUGUCUGUGUGUCUUAUAACUCUGUGCCUCUGUGUGUCCAGCCCCGCCCCCUCCCCCCCCUUGAAUCCGGCCACACCUUCAGCAUGAACGCGUUUUGUCCCGCCUCAGUCUUGUUCAUCCGGCGGUGAUUCGUGAUUGAUCAUCUUAGCGGAUUGGCUCGUCUAUUUGGUGGCUGGCUGAGCCGGUGGCUCUGGAAGCGCGUGCCCGUGCCCGUGGUGCGCGAUGUUGCCCGUGCGGCACAAUGAUAGCGGUUUCAAGCGGCGCGGUUGGGUGGGUGGCUCGGUGGAGAAGCUCAAGUCUUGGGGCCGUCUGAUUUGGUCGGACCCGAAUUCUCGGAACCUGUUGGGCUUUUUGUGUCUGAACUUGUCCUUUGCCUUUGUGGAGCUUUUCUACGGGGUGUGGACCAACUCCUUGGGACUGAUCUCGGACUCGUUCCACAUGUUCUUCGACUGCACGGGCUUGUUGGCCGGACUGGUGGCCUCCAUCAUCACUAAAUGGCGAGCCGAUGAGAAGUUCUCCUACGGUUAUGUGCGGGCCGAGGUCCUGGCUGGCUUUAUCAAUGGCCUCUUUCUCCUGUUCAUCUCUUUCUUCAUCUUCUCCGAGGCCGUGGAACGCUUGGUCGAACCGCCCGAAGUCAAGCACGAGCGGCUCCUGCUCGUGUCUGUCUUGGGUCUCCUUGUGAACUUGGUGGGCAUAUUCAUCUUCCAACAUGGCGGUGCCGCUCACGGCCAUUCUCACGGCGGAGGUGGCGGUGGGGACCAACAGGAACAUCAUGGUCACUCUCACGGUGGAGGCGGACACGGUCAUUCGCAUGGAGGUCACGGCCACUCGCAUGGAGGUGGAUCGGGCAACGCCCAAAUUAUGAAAGGGGUGUUUCUGCAUAUCUUGGCCGACACUUUGGGCAGCGUUGGAGUGAUAGUGUCGGCCAUUCUGAUGUACAUGUUCGACUGGAUGAUUGCCGAUCCCAUCUGCUCGAUCUUUAUUGCGCUCCUGAUCGCUUUAAGCGUCUGGAGUCUGGUUUCUGAAUCCGUUCAGAUUCUCAUGCAACGUCAACCCAAGGAGCUGGACGAUUCCUUACCCGAGUGUUACAACAAAGUAUUGCAGUUAGAAGGAGUGCAAGGCGUGCAAGAAACCCAUUUCUGGACCUUGUGUAGUAACUAUUACGUGGGUGGGGUCAAAUUGGAGGUGACGGCGAAUGCGGAUCAGAAAUACAUCGUUAGUCACACGCAAAUGAUCUUCCGGUCCAUUGGUGUCAAUCAGCUGUUCGUUCAACUUGACUACGAGUACAACAAGAGUACUUACCAGAACCUCCAGACCUUUUAUCACUGACCCGAGAUCAAAAGGCCAAUAGCCCAGAGAUCAGUCUGAGCAUUGAACGGCUCUUAUGAUUCCAUGAUGUUCUCGAUCAUAUGCAUUUUCUGCGUCACAAACUUGACUUUGCGUGGUCUUUUAAAGGACAAUUCAUUCUGAGGUUCUUUUUCAAAGUCUGAAGUCGGAACUAUCUGACUUGGUUAUGAAUUAUCGACUAUCAAAUUUCAACAACAGUUUUCUACCACAUCCCCAAUUUUUUCAUCCAUGUGAUAUUGUCUCGCCGUGGACAUUGUUGACCGAAAUAUAAAUGUUUUCGUGUCUCA